UUUGUCGCGUUGUUAUUGUGUCUGAUUGAGAAACCCAAACCAACAGAACCACCUGCAAAAACGGUGCGUUUUGCUCUCCGCGUUCGGCUUCAGAACCUAACCAUAGCCUCGACCUUUCUCCGUCACCGUUGACGACUCUACGGUCGAUUCAUACGACGCAACCAGAAACCGAAUCGAUUCAACCGAUUCGGUUGUCUCAUUCUGUUCUAUCCGCAAGUUCAGAUAGAUCUACAAUAAGAAGUGAAGGUCUUAAAGGUAUAUUGGAUUGAAUCGUGGUGAUAAAAGAUGCCGUCUCAAGCGGAUCUAGACCGUCAAAUCGAGCACCUUAUGGAGUGUAAGCCUCUAACGGAAUCAGAGGUGAAGGUGCUGUGCGAUCAAGCUAGGGCGGUUCUUGUGGAGGAAUGGAACGUGCAGCCGGUGAAGUGUCCUGUCACGGUUUGCGGCGAUAUUCACGGCCAGUUUUACGAUCUCAUUGAGUUGUUUCGGAUAGGAGGAAAUGCUCCUCAUACUAAUUACCUCUUUAUGGGCGAUUAUGUAGAUCGUGGAUACUAUUCUGUGGAGACCGUUACACUUCUGGUGGCCUUGAAAGUCCGUUAUAGAGAUCGAAUUACAAUUCUCAGGGGAAACCAUGAAAGCCGUCAAAUUACUCAAGUGUAUGGCUUCUACGAUGAAUGCUUGCGAAAAUACGGAAAUGCCAAUGUCUGGAAACACUUUACCGACUUGUUUGAUUAUUUACCUCUGACUGCACUAAUUGAAAGUCAGGUUUUCUGCUUGCAUGGAGGUCUCUCACCUUCUUUGGAUACACUGGAUAAUAUCAGAGCAUUGGAUCGUAUACAAGAGGUUCCACACGAAGGACCAAUGUGUGAUCUGUUGUGGUCUGAUCCUGAUGACCGCUGUGGGUGGGGAAUAUCUCCACGUGGUGCUGGAUACACGUUUGGGCAAGAUAUAGCUGCACAGUUCAAUCAUACAAAUGGUCUCUCCCUGAUAUCUAGAGCCCACCAGCUUGUUAUGGAAGGAUACAAUUGGUGCCAGGAGAAGAAUGUGGUCACUGUAUUUAGUGCUCCAAAUUAUUGUUACCGAUGUGGGAAUAUGGCUGCCAUACUUGAAAUCGGAGAGAAUAUGGAUCAGAAUUUUCUUCAGUUUGAUCCAGCCCCUAGGCAAAUUGAGCCCGAUGCUACACGCAAGACUCCAGAUUAUUUUUUAUAAUAACUUCACGUAUCUGCCCGUUUGUAGUUACUGUUUUCUGCAAUUGCUGUAGAUGUGUUUUUAAGGAAAGAGGAAUUUUACUGUUUAAGUGGAGGGUGGUCAUCAACACAAUUCUUUCUUUUGGAGUUGUUCUCCUGCUGCUGCCUUGCUUGUGCCUUAUCUUCCAGAAACCAACAGAAUUGAUUCAAGCCACCAAUUGGUGUUGUAUAUUUGUUAGAGGUGGAAGUGGCAUUAACAUCAUGGUAUAUUGUUAUGUAAUAUUUUUUUAUAAUUAAAUCUCAAGUUAGAGAGCAGAUUUUUUGAUUUGUGACAAUGAUGUUCUUUUGAGACUUUUGAUGGUGCCAAAUGAAAGUGCAGGUGUUCGUUUUAA